UACGUCUUAAAGAAAUCCGUUGUACGGUCACACUUGCGGGAGAGUAAAAUUUUUAUUGAUACUAAUACAUCAGCGAAAUAUGUUAACUUCGUUUUAUUGCAGUUGAUUGAGUUUUCUUCUCCAGCCUGCGCAUUUCUGACGCAGCUUUGAUUAUCACUUGAGCUGUCUUGUGACCACAGGAAGGAGGAAUUAAAGCGGUGUGAUGCUGUUGCUGCAGCUACUUCUUAAUUUUUUAUUUGCAAAAAGCAAUAGACAACAAUGACCUCUAUUAUAAGAGAAACACAGAGCAUAAAAGAAGCCGUGACUCACAUCAACACGAUUGAUGUGAUCAAGUUCUCCAGACUGAUCUCUCGCAUCAUACAAAAGCUUCAUCUGAAGGGUGAGCGGACAUUCAGUGAAGAGGAGGAACAGAAACUUCAGGCUGCCCUCUCUUUGGAUAAACAGGCUCUCAGUCUAGUCCUGGAAACAUCAGCUUUCAUACUAGAGCAGGCAGUGUAUCACAACGUGAAGCCGGCCUCUCUGCAGCAACAGCUGGAGGCUGUUCAUCUAAACCCAGACAAGGCUGAGGUUUUCUCCCAGAUCUGGGCCACCGCUGGCCCCGAGCUGGUGGAGAAGCUAAAGCACAAUAUCUUUGCCCCAAGGAAGCUAGAGUAUGUCGGCUGGCAAUUGACCCUGCUGAUGGCCCAGUCUAGCCAAGCCAGACUGAAAUCUCCCAGUGCUGUCCUUCAACUGGGGCUACGCAAUGAAGACUCUGAGGUUCAGGAAAAUGUCUUCGUUGAGUUUAACCACCAGGAGCUGCUUGAGUUCUACAACAAGCUUGAAAUCAUUCAAGACCAGUUGGAUUCUUUGACUUGAUGCCUGGUCCUUUUUGGACAACCACACCCACAUUGUUAGUGUUUUUGCUCGCGGCUGUGCCAGCUGUUGGAAGCUUGGCGAUACCAUCUUGCUCUGAUUUAUUAGAGAAAAAUGUCAAAAUUUGAAGUUAGGCGUUUCAUUCCCUUUUGAGCUCCUUUAAACCCAGGUUUGUGAUCAAAAUUUAGGGAGGUCAGUGUGACAAAUCUAAUUGUACUUUGUUUUUAUCCAUCAGGGAGAUGGUGAGAAAAAUUACGUUAUUAAUAUAAAUAGUACUUAAGUUUAAUAACAUUUUUCUAUGCCCCGCAGUGAAUAACUAUAACAGCAGUUUGAUGGCACUAUACAUUAGUUAUAGGAUGUUUAAAUGUAUCAAUAGGCAAUGAGCUUUAAAAUUCAUUUGUGCUACCCAGAGACAAAGGAAUGAAAGGAAAAUCAAAUGUCAAAUGUCAUUUUGCAUCGAAGUGUUCAUUUUGAUACUUGCCAUUCUAAUAAAAUCUGAAUCAGAGGUGGAAUCCAUCCAAACUGUUGUUAUUUAGUGAAG